AUCGAUCGCUAUCGAGUGUGUGUAGCUUUUAUAUUUAAGCGACAGGAAUAAACUUUAACCUGCCAAUGACAGCUUACUCCUACCUGUAUUGCCAUCGAAACUGUCGCCAGUCGUUUGAAUGCCAGUUCGUUUCCUGUGUUGCACCAAAAGAAGAGAGAAGCCCUUUUCGGAGAAGCGGAAGUAUGUCUCUCCAAAAGAGGCCGAGGUUUAUAAAGAGUGAAGGGUCUUUAAGAAGGCCAGGCUCCAGUUUCAGGGAACACAGAUAUCACUCAUCUGAAGGCAUGGGUUUCCAUCCCAGAAGGCACCAUACAGGUCUACAUCUUCCCCCACCUGCUCACCAAUAUGAUGAUGUGAGGAAAGCCCGCAAAUUUUCUCCUGGGAAAUCAAAGAGUUACAAUGAUGCUCCAGGCUUAGCUCACCGCACAGGCAGAGAGAGGGAAAUUAAAUCUCUUUCCAUCAUGAUCUCUCAGGAAAGAGAGAAUGCCUCCAGCAGAGGGACCCCAUCUUCUGUAACGAGGGCUGCCACAGUGCGAGAUCGAGCCAUUCAGCAAAAGAGGAGGGACAUCGAGGAGGUGUACAAGCAGGACUGUGAUACAGUGGGCAUUGUAGUGAAAAUGCUGAUCGACAAGGACCCGUCUCUGGAGCGGCUGAUACAAGCAUCGCUGCAGGAGAACCUGAGAGAGAUCGGCCUGCGCUGUGUGGAAGCCAUGGAGCGCUUCAUCCAGGAAUACGACUCCCAGGAUUCCUCUACUGCAACCUCCCACAAGUACUGAAACCAGUCUGUUCCUCCCUGUGGUUAUCACAGAGUAUGACUCCCAACACUACCCUCAUAUGGGAUGUGAUUUUUUUUCAGUAUCAGGAAAUACAGAUUUUGGUCUAUUAAAUGUCUCAAGCAAUGAUAUCAGAAUUGGGUAUGUCAUUUGAUAGCAGGAGACAAUGUUCAACAAAUGCCACUAUCUGACGAUCAGCAUGUCCUCAUUAAACAGGACAGGAAUCACACCCCUGUGAUCAACUGAGCUUUGAAAACUACUCUGUCUGAAUUUUCUCUGACCUGGAUAAACGUCAGGUUGUACUGUAUGUUCCAUAAGCUGUACUGUGCGACCUGGAAGAAACUGUGCUUUGUAUCCUGUGGUGUUCUCUUCAUUUCAGAUUUGAUUGGUAAAUUUGCAAAAGUGUCCAUUUUCUGGGUGUCCACUGUCUUAUUCUAGUUCUUGUGAAAAGUUAUGUUAUGUUUAAUUAAAACUUGUUAUGUUUUAAUUAAAUGCCGUCAGCACAAUUAUUAAUGUGCCUAAAGAAAACACAA